CCGUCUUCUCCACUGAGCUCGAGCAGCAACAAUGGCGAAGAAGAAGAAUCAUCUCCCACCACUGUCCUUCCUCGCCGAUCGCUGCUCCUCCAUGCGCGAGCUCAAGCAAGUCCACGCCCUUAUGAUCAUCUCCGGCCGCAUCCUCUCCGACAACUACGCCGCCAGCCGCAUCCUCUCCUUCGCCGCCCUCCACCCUUCCGGCCACCUCCCCCACGCUCUCUCCCUAUUCUCCCACACACCUCACCCCAACUCAUUCAUGUUCAACACCCUCAUUCGCGCCUUCGCCUCCUCUCCCACACCUUCGUCUGCCUUCUUCCUCUUCUCUCAUAUGCUCCGCCUCGGCCUCCCACCCGGCAAGCACACCUUCCCCUUCCUCCUCAAAGCCUCCGCCAACCUCCGCUCCUUUCCAACAUCCUCCCAGAUCCAUUCCCAUGUCCUUAAGCUCGGUCUCCAUUCCGACCUCUACGUCCUCAACGGCUUGAUUCGCAGCUACUCAUCCUGCGGUCUUCUUCGCGUUGGACGCCACCUGUUUGACGAAUGUCCUGAGAGAAAUCUCCUCCUUUGGACCACUAUGGUUUGCAGCUACGCCCAGAACUCCUGCUCUUCCGAAGCCUUAUGUUGUUUCGAUGCGAUGAUGCGGGCCGGGGUUGAGCCUUGCGGCGCGACACUGUCCUCUGUGCUCUCUGCGUGCGCUCGUGUCGGUGGGCUAGAGCUCGGAAAGCGCAUACAUUGCUUCAUUGAAGAAAAAGGGAUUGAUUUGGGAGUGAUACUGGCCACUGCUUUGGUUGAUAUGUAUGCCAAGAAUGGUGAGGUUUUGUUUGCUCGGAAACUGUUUGAUGAAAUGCCUGAGAGGAAUAUUGCUACUUGGAAUGCUAUGAUUUGUGGGUUGGCACACCAUGGAUAUGCUACCGAUGCGCUUGAGCUGUUCUUAGAAUUGGAUAAGGGAGAUAUUGCGCCGAAUGAUGUGAGUUUUGUCGGUGUUUUAUCAGCUUGUUGCCAUGCUGGUUUGGUUGAAGAUGGUCGUCGGUUUUUUCAUUCAAUGAAGGUGAAAUACGGUGUUGAGCCAAAGUUGGAGCACUAUGGAUGCAUGGUUGAUCUUCUAGGACGGAGCGGGAGAUUGGCAGAGGCCGAAGAGCUUAUCAAAGGGAUGAAAUGGAGAGCCGAUGUGGUGAUAUUGGGAGCGCUGUUGACGGCAUCUAGGAACCAUGGGAAUGUCGAGAUUGCAGAGAGGGUGGUGAAAGAGAUGCUCAAGCUUGAUCCCAGGAAUCAUGGAGUUUAUGUUGUUUUAUCGAAUAUUUAUGCCGAGGCAGGGAGAUGGGAAGAUGUUAUGAGGUUGAGGAAAGUGAUGAGGCAUGAAAGAUUGAACAAGAUCCCGGGAGCGAGUUAUGUGAAAUGACAAUGGCGACAAUGGCAAUGUUGGCCUAGUGUUAUCACUGGCCGGGGAUUAAGAUCUUGUUCCUCAAGUAGCCAUGAUAAUGCAUAGAAAAAAAAUGGCGUUAGAAGAUUGUGGGUACAUAGGCUGAUAUAGGUGGAAGUGUUUCGACCCAAAAUUUGUUUAUUUUGGUUCUUAAAUUAAAAAAAAAAUGAU